AUUCGAAGAUGGUUGCCACGACGGGAGCGGAGCCAGCGCAGAGCGGCGGCGGGCUGCCCCUGGCAUCGCUGAACCACAUCUCCGUGAUGUGCCGGUCGCUCCAGAGCUCCCUAAACUUCUACCGCGACGUCCUCGGCUUCAUCCCCGUCCGCCGCCCGGGCUCCUUCGAUUUCGACGGCGCAUGGCUGUUCAACUACGGCAUCGGCAUCCAUCUGCUGCAGGCGGAGGACCUGGAGAGCAUGCCCCCUACGAAGACGGAGAUCAACCCCAAGGACAACCACAUCUCCUUCCAGACUUGCGAGAGCAUGGAGGCGGUGCAGCGGCGGCUCAAGGAGCUUGGGGUCCGGUACGUGCAGCGGCGCGUGGAGGAGGGCGGCAUCUACGUCGACCAGCUCUUCUUCCACGACCCCGACGGCUUCAUGAUCGAGGUCUGCACCUGCGACAACCUUCCCAUCGUCCCCCUCGUGCCGGAGGGCCACGCCAUCCUCGGCCUGCAGCCGCCGGCGCCAGCCUGCAAGAGGGCCGUGAAACCGCUGCCGCCGCCGCCUCCUGCUCCGGCGGCCGUGCCGGUGCAGUCGCCGGCGAUGGCCAGCGGCGGCAGCAGCUGUAUUGGCGAGGUCGAGGCGAGCAUCCCAGCUUGCGCGAUGCAGGUCUGAUUCCCCAAGGCGAUGAAGAUCGAUCGGAACACCAGCAUUUUGAAGAUCCAAUGAAGAAUUUUGUUGCCAGCUUGCUUCCUUCAUCAGUGAAAAAUAAUGUAUGUAGCGGUUUUCUCGUCCACCAUUCAAGUUGAUUUUGUUCGAUGUUGAGUGAUCCGACGAACCGUUGCAGCUGCAGCUAGUGGUCAUCUGUUAUGGUCAUCGCUUGCACAUUGAGAAGAUCGAUCCAUUGAUCAGUCUACCAAUGGUGCAACUAGCUGCACCAUAUAUAAUCAC